AUGUCGCUCUUAGAAAGGCCAAAUCCGAAUGCGUCCUGUGAAACGCAUAUACCCAACAAUGAGGCGGAUUAUGAGACCUGGCGCUCUAAUGUGGGACUUCUUCUCAGAGACACUAGGCAAUCAGACUUGCACAAGUCACGAAAGCUCCUCGAAAGCCUCUUGUCCCCUGCCAUUGACAUUGUGAAGCACCUGACACCUGAAACACCUCCAAGUGUAUGUCUGGAGAUCCUGGACUCUGCAUUUAGCACCGUUGAAGAUGGAGAUGACCUGUUUGCAAAGUACCUUAAUACGAUGCAAGACAGUAGUGAGAAACCCUCAGCUUACCUUCAACGGCUGCAAGUGAUGUUGAAUGCCACCCUCAGGAGGGGGGGUGUUUCUGCAAGUGAGUUUGACAGGCAGCUUCUGAGACAGUUUGUCAGAGGUUGUUGGGACAACACCUUGAUAUCUGAGCUGCAACUGGAGCAGAAGAAGCAAAAUCCACCUACCUUUGCAGAACUGCUCCUGUUACUCCGCACAGCAGAAGACAGGCGAGCUUCCAAAGCAACUCGCAUGAAGCACCACCUCAGUGCCUCAAAACCCAAGGUGUCAUCCCAUUACCAAGGCAUUUGUGUGCAGUAUGAUGAAGAAUGCAGUACAUCACAGUCACCUUCUCCUUCAUCAGAGAUCCAAGAUCUGAAAAAGCAAAUAGCUGAUUUACAAACCCAGCUCGCACGUGUCACACAGAAAGGUCACAGAAAGAACCAAGCUAAGCCAGCCACCAAACCAAAGGCGCCCACACCGGUUGUUCUGAGAGUUCAGACUCCCACACCUCAAAGCCAAGCUGAAAAAAGCACCACCAGCAAGAGACCAAAGCCCUGGUAUUGCUUCAGAUGUGGAGAGGACGGACAUAUCAAACCACAGUGUGACCGUGAACCAAACCCCUCUCUGGUAGCCACAAAGGGAAGACUGCUGAAAGAAAAGCAGCAAGCAUGGGAUGCUGUGAACAGCACUUCAGAGCCUGAGCAUUUUUAG